AUGUGGAAUACAUUUAAAUUUCUUACCUUUUGGGUUGUAAUUUUUGCUAUUAGUGUUCAUUUUAAGCCAAGUGAAUGUAUCUCACAUGCAGUGUCAGACGGGGAUUGGCUACAAUAUAAGUUAACUUAUGGGAAGACCUAUGCCACAACACAAGCUGAUGCACUUGCACGUUACUAUUAUAGUUACAACUUGAAACUAAUUAAGAAACAUAAUCAGAAUUAUGACAGAAAGCUAACGACUUUCACACUCAAAGCUAAUCAAUUUACAGAUAUGAGAUUGACACAAUUCAAUGCACUAUUUCCACCGGCAGUAUAUCCGACAAUGACCUUCGAUUUUCCAUUAAAUACAGUACAAAAUCCACCAGCUACAUUUAACCCCUUCACCGAUCAAGGUCUAGUAUCAGAAGUUGAGGAUCAGGGUAUAUUAUGCAAUAGUGGUUGGGCUUAUUCUGCAGCAAAAUCUAUAGAAAUACUGCAACAAUAUCAAGGAACGUUAAUACCACUAUCUGCACAAAAUUUGAUUGAUUGUUCUGGUCGUUCUACUGCUUGUCGGACGCAAGUACCACAGACAGGUUUUGAUUAUUUAACAAUGUAUGAUCAGGUUAUAUAUUCAACGACCGACUAUCCAAAUAAUAUCACAAUCAGUGAACAAAAUAUGUGCAUCAUACCUCCUGCACCAAUCACAGGUACAAAACUGAGCGCAUACUCAGUUAUUACUGAUGGUGAUGAUGCUACGAUGUUGAGAUACGUUGGCAACAAUUAUCCUGUGGUAAUUGAAUUUAAUCCAACUUCAUUCGAAUUUAUGCACUACGCUGAUGGUGUUUUUCAACAACCACGCACCAGCACUGGUUCACACUUCAUGGUAGUCCUUGGCUAUGAGGAAGAUGCAACGUCAGGUCUGAACACUUGGUUGGUACAAAACUCUUUCGGAAAAACUUGGGGAAAGGGCGGACGAAUAAGUAUUAGACGGGACGCAGUUACGCCUUUAGCAAAACAUGCUAUAUUCCCAGCUGAAUUAGCUUAA